AAGCAUGUAGGUAUCUCCCACCGUUUCAUUACCCGUAUAUACAAAAAUACAAGAAUAUUAUGUAAAAAAAAUUGGAGCAAAUGUACUAUAGGCAACCCUGAAGAAAGGUCAAACGUAGGACAAAAAUGUCAACAUUGUUUUUAUUUUUAUCUGUCAUUAUCAUCUGUUAUCAUUUACCAUCACUACAAAAAAUUUACAAUUUUUUUUAUAUUAAAAAUAUUUAUUCAAUAUUUGACAAAUACAUCUUACAGAAGAUAAAUCAAUAAAGGUCAUUCUAUAAUAUUGUUGAUCACCAGCUGUCCAGUAACCAGUACAAGAGGCAGAUGGCGAUCGACCGGUGCGCGGCGGAGGCGGCCGCGGAGGGCCCGCAGACCAGGGUCCUCACGCUGGAGCACGGCGAGCACAACGACGCCACCCUCUACAGAUUCAAAAAAGGGUACUACUUGCAAUUCUGCCCGGGUCCCAGUUUACUCGGUCGAAAAGUAUUUCUCUACACCAACUACGUGGUGUCGGACAACCCGGAGGACGACAAAGGCGAGCAGGCGGAGUUCGUCCGCAACCAGUACUACGGGCUGGAGUGGCGCGGCGCGGCGCGCGGCGAGCCGCUGGGCGCGGGCGUGCUCGUCACCGACACCCAGCUCUACUGCGAGCUGCGACUCACCCGCGCCGGCUCCUUCCACUACUACUUCGUCUACGAUAAUGCGGAGUCGGCGGCGGGCCCGGCGGGCUCGGGCUGGUUCGCGGUGCCGCCGACGGUGGCGGCGGGCGGGCGCGCGCUGCCGCCGGCGGCCGUGAGCUGCCAGACCGUCGUCGCCAAGUGUCUCGGGCCGCUGCCGCGCUGGCCGCGCGUGCUGCGCGUCGCCCGGGAGGCCGGCUACACCAUGCUGCACUUCACGCCCGUGCAGGAGCUGGGCGCGUCCGACUCCAGCUACAGCAUCGCCAACCGGCUGCGGCUCGACCCCAGGUACAGCGGGGACUCCGGCCGCGAGGCCACCUUCGCGGACGUCGAGAACGUCAUCUCCAAGAUACGCAACGAAUGGCAGAUGGCGUCGAUCAGCGACGUGGUGCUGAACCACACGGCGAACGAGACGCCGUGGCUGACGGAGCACCCGGAGGCCACGUACAACUGCGGCACGUGUCCGCACCUGCGGCCCGCCGCGCUGCUGGACGCGCUGCUGGCGCGCCUCACCGCCGCCGUCGGCCGCGGCGACCUCCGCGCGCGAGGCCUGCCGCCCGCCGUCACCACCCACCAGCACGUGCAGGCCAUCAAACAUCUGCUGGAGUCGGAGCUGGUGCCGGAGCUGCGCCUGCAUGAGAUGUUCACGUGUGACGUGGAUCGCAUCGUGCAGGAGUUCUACCAGCUGGCGCGGAACAAGGUGCCGCCGGUGCGCGCGGCCGACGGCGGCGAGCUGAAGCUGCUGCCCGACCCGCAGUACCGCCGCCUGCACGCCGCCGUGGACCUGGAGCUGGCGCUGCAGCUCUACAACGUGUACCGCACGGACUGCUACGACGAGGAGGCGCGGCUGCGGCGGAGCUGCGACGAGCUGCGGCGGCGGCUGGAGGAGCUCAACGCCGCCGCCGCCGACGAGCUGCGCGGACACCUGCGGGCCGCGAUCGACAACUGCGUCGCCACCAUGCAGUAUUUUCGUCUGCAAUCGGACGGGCCGAAGAUAGAAGAAGUCAGCGAGAAGAAUCCUCUGGUUCCGAGGUACUUCCUGUGGGCGGGCGGCGCGGCGGGCGCGCUGUCGGCCGCGCAGGCGGAGGCGGCGGCGUGCGGCGCGCGCGCGGCGCUGGUGAUGGCGCACAGCGGCUGGCUGCUGGACGCCGACCCGCUGCAGGACUUCGCGGCGCCGCCCGCCGCCGGCCGGGCCUACCUGCGCCGCGAGCUCGUCGCCUGGUCCGACUGCGUCAAGCUCAGGUACGGUGCGCGGCCGGAGGACAGUCCGUUCCUGUGGGCUCACAUGCGCGAGUACGUGGAGCUGACGGCCGAGCUGUUCGAUGGACUGCGGCUCGACAACUGCCACUCCACGCCGCUACACGUGGCCGAGUACAUGUUGGACUGCGCCCGCAACGUGAAGCCCGACCUGUACGUGGUCGCGGAGCUGUUCACCAACUCGGAGCACGUCGACAACAUCUUCGUCAACCGGCUCGGCAUCUCGGCGCUGAUCCGCGAGUCGCAGAGCGCGCGGUCGGCGGGCGAGCUGGCGCGGCUGGUGCGGCGCGGCGCGCGGGCGGUGGGCGCGCUGCGCGGCGCCGCGCGCCGGCCGGCCGCGCCGCGCGCCGCGCCCGCGCUGCUGCUGGACGCGUCGCACGACAACCCCGCGCCCGCCGCCGCGCGCUGCGUGUUCGACCUGCUGCCCGGCGCCGCGCUCGCCGCGCUCGCGCCCGGCGCCGCCGGCUCCACGCGCGGCUACGACGACCUCGUGCCGCACCAGGUGGACGUGGUGUCGGAGUCGCGGCUGUACACGGAGUGGGCGGAGGGCGGUGAGUGUGCGGGGGGUGCGGGGGGCGCGGGGGGCGCGGUGGACGCGGGCUGCGGGCUGGUGGCGGCGCGGCGCGCGCUGCUGGAGCUGCGCCUGUCGCUGGCCGCCGGCCACAGCGAGCUGUACGUGGACCAGCUCGACGACCACGUGCUCGCAGUCACGCGACACCACCCGCACACGCGGCAGUCGGUGAUCGUGGUGGCGCACACGGCGUUCUCCGCCCCGGACCCGGCGAGCGACGGCCGCUACGUGAAGCCGCUGCGGUUCGAGGGAGAGGUCGAGGAGAUCCUGCUGGAGGCCAGCCUGGUGCACGUCGAUCACGAGAGCACCGGGCGGCCGCUGCAGGCGCCGGGCGCCUUCGAGCGCGACCCGCGGUACAUCAACGGGCUCGCGGAGUACCGCUGCGACGUGCGGCGCGGCGUGGCGCCGGCGCGGUCCGCCAUGGUGGCGGCGGCGCGGCGCGAGGGCGCGCUCACCGUGCUCGAGUUCCGGCCGCUGCGGCCCGGCGCCGUGCUGGCGCUGCGCGUGGCGCCCCCCGCGCCGCCGCCCGCGCCCCCCGCGCCCGCCGCGCUCGCCCCGCUCGCCGCGCUCGACCUGCCCGACCUGCACGCGCUGCUCUACCGCUGCGACGCGGAGGAGCGCGACGCGGGCGGCGGCGGCGUGUACCACGUGCCCGGCCACGGCCCGCUGCCCUACGCCGGCCUGCAGGGCGUCGUCUCGCUGCUCGACGAGCUGCGGCCGAGCGACGACCUCGGCCACCCGCUCUGCGAGAACCUGCGCGCCGGCGACUGGCUGCUCGAGUACCAGUGGCGGCGCCUGGAGCGCGAGCCGCGGCUGGCGGCGGCGGCGGCGUGCGUGCGCGCCGCGCUGCAGCCGGUGACGCGGCUGCCGCGCUACCUGGUGCCGACGUACGCGGCCCGGGCGCUGGCCGCGCUGCACGGGGCGGCGACGCGCGCGGCGCUGGCGCGGCUGGGCGCGGCGGGCGGCGGCUGCGCGCUGUCCCGCGCGCUGGCCCUCACCAGCGUGCAGCUGGCGGGCGCGGUGCCGUCCGCGCCGCUGCCGCCGCCGUCGCCGGCGCUGCCGCCGCCGCGCCCGGCGCCGCCGCCGCGCUGCGUCACGCUGGCCGCCGGCCUGCCGCACUUCUCCGUCGGCCACAUGCGCUGCUGGGGCCGCGACACCUUCAUCGCGCUGCGCGGCCUCUUUUUGCUGACCGGUCGCUACCAGGACGCUCGGUUUCACAUCCUCGGCUUCGCGGCCUGUCUGCGUCACGGACUGAUACCGAAUUUGCUGGACGGCGGAAUCAACGCGCGGUACAACUGCAGAGACGCAGUGUGGUGGUGGUUGCAGAGUAUCAAGCAGUACUGCUCGGAGGCGCCGCAGGGGACGGCGCUGCUGACGGAGCCCGUGUCGCGACUGUUCCCGCAGGACGACGCCGAGCCCGCGCCGCCCGGGGCCGCCGACCAGCCACUGCACGACGUCGUGCAGGAGGCGCUGCAGGUGCACUUCCAGGGUUUAGUGUUCAGGGAGAGGAACGCCGGGCGCAAGAUCGACGCUCACAUGUCGGACAAGGGAUUCAACGUUCAGAUCGGCGUCGACCCGGAGACCGGAUUCCCGUUCGGCGGCAACGACGCCAACUGCGGCACCUGGAUGGACAAGAUGGGUUCCUCGGAGACGGCCGGCAACCGCGGGCGGCCCGCCACGCCGCGCGACGGCAGCGCGGUGGAGGUGGUGGCGCUGGCGCACUCGGUGCUGGCGUGGCUGGCGGCGCAGCACCGCGCCGGCCGGUACCCGCACGCCGGCGUCUCGCGCCGCCACCGCGACGGCUCGCUCACCGCCUGGAGCUUCGCGCAGUGGGCCGAGCGCAUCCGGCUCAACUUCGAGCGCCACUACUGGGUGCCGGCCGCGCCCUCGGCCGCCGACCGCCGGCCCGACCUCGUGCACCGCCGCGCCAUCUACAAGGACUCGCACGGCGCCUCGCAGCCCUGGGCCGACUACCAGCUGCGCUGCAACUUUCCCGUCGCCAUGGCCGUGGCGCCGGAGCUGUUCGACCCGAAGCACGCGUGGGCCGCGCUGGACAACGUCGAGCGCCUGCUGCUCGGUCCUCUCGGCGUCAAGACGCUCGAUCCGGCCGACUGGGCCUACCGCGGCGACUACGACAACGCGAACGGCGGCGACGACCCGAGCGUCGCGCACGGCUUCAACUACCACCAGGGGCCCGAGUGGGUGUGGCCGCUCGGCUUCUACCUGCGCGCGCGCCUCGCCUUCGCGCACGAAAACGGUCGCUACGCGCGCACCGUGGCGGCCGCGUACGCCGCGCUCGGCCCGCUGCUCGCCGCGCUCGAAGCUUCGCCCUGGCGCGGGCUGCCGGAGCUCACUAACGCCGACGGCGCGCCGUGCGCCGGCUCGUGCCCGACGCAGGCGUGGAGCUCGGGCGCCGCGCUGGAGGUGCUGCACGCGCUGGAGGCCGCGAGGCGCGCGCGGCCGCUGGGCGACUGA